CCCCUCCCCAGAGCUGCUUAUCAGCCCUAACCACCUUUGGCCCAGGUGACGUCGGCCGGUCCCUUUCCUGCCUCCCUCCCUCCCCCUGGCUGCCCAGGGGAGCCCGCAGGGUCUGAGCUUCCCUACAAAGCGCCCCCUCCACCCGUCCCCUCAGCCCCCCCCCCCAGCGCCAUGUUCUCCCUCACCUCCUGGCUCCCCUCACUGCCCUCCUUGGACUGGGGCUCCAGCUUACUGGACUCCCUCCUGCAAGGUCUGAUUGGAGCUUGUGGAGUCUCUGUGCUGGGCAGCUUCAUGAAAAUCUACUUCUUCAUCUAUUGUGUGAAUGACCCUAGGAGAGUGAAGGAAAGGCUGAACCUGCUGAACCAGUGGAGGCUGCUGGAGCCCCUGCACCUCCUGGGGCUGACAGUCUUCCUCACCGUGGUUGGGGUCCGCGUGGCUGCCCUCGUGGUCCUGGAGUUCUCACUCCGGGCCGUCUCCAUGCUGCUAACCUUGAACAAGGGCCCCCUGGUCCCGGAGUUCCUCCAGCUGUUCCUCCUGUGCCAGUAUUCCCUGGGUUGUGGGCUGACCUGUGGCCUGAGCUUCCUCCUGGAAGGGGCCCCCCACCGGACUCUCAACUUGCUGCUCAGUCUGGGGCUGGCCGGCCUCCUGGCAAGUUGGUCCCAGCGCCUGUACAGCCACGUCUGCCGCCUCUAUGAGCUGCACAGCCACGAGCACUACUGUGGGGCCUGCCUGACCCUUCUGGCCAAGUGGCUUGACCUGCCCAUCCUGCUGGGCCGAGCCCUGCGUGUGGCCUUCCUGGUGGGUGACCUGGCCGCGGUGGCCCUCCUCAACCGGGACUUCCUGACCACCUCGGAGGCCGUGCGCUUCUGGACCCCGCUGACCAUCUGCUACACGCUGCUGGUCAUCUACAUGCAAGAAGAGCAGCGACAACAUCCAAGCCAACAGAACCAAUACCAGACGGUGUUUGUACGGAUGGGUGGCCUCUUUAUCCUCCUGUUGACCGUCGGCCGCUGGCUGGACCUCAUGGGUGUCUUUGUUUCCCUCUUGGGAGAGCUCUGGUGUCUGGCGAGUUCUCGUGUUCUGCUUGACCUCUGUCACAAGCAGGAUCUCCCUCAGAUAUCUUCGACAGGUAAAAAGAAGGCCCAAUCCUAAGGCCAGGGUGCCAGAAGUGAGACUCUUCCAGGACCUGGAACCCAACAAGGACUGACCUGCUGUGGGGGAAGACUUAGAAACAUGGAGCCCGAGACUUAGCCCUGGGGUCCUUCAGGUCCAAUAGGAAAGACUCCUUGGAGAUGGCCGGGUCUCUGAAUCAAAGUCAGCCCUGAACAGGAUGGAGAAGGAGCCCAGAUCAAACUUCAUAUUGUGGUCCUUGGACCAAAGUUACGCUGCUGAUUUUAUCCUCUGUUUACCCCUUUGGGAGGUAAAUAGACCCCAGUGGUGGGAAAGGUCCUCCACCAUCCCCUCUCUGGUCUCCCUUCCUAGUCCCAUUAGAAAUAAAAUAUUCAGACCCUU